GAUGACUAUGUGCCUAAGGAUGCUGUGUGGCAGGACACCAGCAGCUAUAGGUUCUCCAGAAAGCUCUGGGGUUUCAGACAGAACUGUGGUAUUGACAGGCAGGCAGCCUAAAUCUCCUCUUGGACUGAAACAAUGCACUAGAUGCAGACACAUCCUCUGCCCAAUGCCAGAGUUCCUCAUGCCCGUGGUGCUGUUGUGGUGCUGGGGGAGCUUGGAACCCAUCUGCCCUGGCAUUCUGAGUAGUUGCUAGACACUGUUGUUUCCUCACCUGCUGGUAGACUCUUCCUCCACAGGUCACGAUGGAACAGUAACAUGUUUCCAAAAGGCUCACCUAGGACACUCCAGCAUUAUUUUGGCUUUAAAGGAAAAGAUCUUCCUCAGGACUUGAUGGAACAUACCCAGUCUUUACAAGAGCCUGGGGAUGAAACUCUGAGGCAGGUGCCAUCACUGGAAAGCAUCUUUCACUGCACACUGGUUGCAGUACUGAAGGCAACUCUUAGGAUGGGUAAACAUGGAUUAGGUCUCAUAGUCAUACAGAAUGGGCCGUAUCUCCAGAUAAUAAGCAUUGUUGAGAAAAGCUCUGCAGCUAAAGAUGGAAGGCUAAAACCAGGGGAUGUUCUAAUAAAAAUUGGACAUGCCACCAUUUUGGGAUGGACCCUGCAACAGCUUAGGCAACUCCUGCACAAUAUUCCUAUAGGGACAACUCUACAAAUCAGAGUUUACAGAGAUUUUGUUGAAGUACCUCAAGACUGGCAAAGUGCAAUUGAAUUAAUUCCUGAAGUAAAGCUGCCUGUGGUGUCAGUAGACACAGACUACGAUGAAGAUGGCAUCGGGUCCAGCAGUGAUGAUGAUGUAGGCUUGUAAAUUUUUCAGUAUAAAUCUCCCCAGUCAUACUGCUGUGAGUUCACUCCUAAGUUACAAUCAAUGCACAAAAUCUAGCAGAUACCUGAUAAGGACCAGAUACUUGGGGUAGGUACAGACCAUGUUUGUGAUGCUGUUCUUCAUAAUGAUGUUGAAGCAUCAUACAAUCCUGAGUUUGGUACUAGUGGUAUUAGUGCUCCUUCAUACCGGACUACAGAAAACUAUGAGACCAGUUCCCCUUCCU